UUGUACACAUGCGUGAUCAAUAAGCCAUUUUCUUCACCUUCACUCAUCACACACAACACACACUACUCCUUGUUCAUUACAUACCCACAAACCCUAGAUCUCUCUCUCUUAACCCUUUUAUUCAACCUCCCCAUCUUCACGUCGCGCCCACAUAUUACUGUACUCUUCUUUAGAAGACGACCCACUUUCAGAUCUGAACAUUUUUAUAGCUAUCUAAUAAUUUAACGAAUUCUUCCCAUUUGCUUAAUCCUCUGAUUUUUUUUUUUGUAUGUCUUGGCUUUUUCUCAGCUUCAUUAACCAGAAUUUUGUUCGUUUAUUUUACUUUACUGGUUGAUUGUUUGUGUUCUUGUUUGGUGAUCGGGUUUAGUGGGAUUUGAGUUUUCGGGCCGUGGUGGGUUUAUCUAGAUCUGAGAGAUUUUGUUGGGAGCUAUGAAUUAUAUGUGGUAGUGGGUUGACGAGUUCCUGAUUGUUGCGUCUUCUCUAUGGCAAUGCCAUCGGGAAAUGUGGUUCUGUCAGACAAAAUGCAGUUUCCUGGCGCCGGUGGUGGCGGUGAGAUCCACCAGCACCACCCUCGUCAGUGGUUCGCGGACGAGCGCGAUGGGUUUAUCUCAUGGCUGCGCGGGGAAUUUGCUGCCGCCAACGCAAUCAUCGACUCGCUCUGCCAACACCUGCGCGCGGUCGGCGACCCCGGUGAGUAUGACAUGGUUGUGGCGGCCAUUCAACAGAGAAGGGUUAAUUGGACCCCCGUGCUUCACUUGCAGCAGUACUUCUCUGUGGCGGAGGUGAUGUACACCUUGCAGCAGGUUGCCUGGAGGAGGCAACAGAGGCCUUCUGAUCAGUCAAAAAUGGUGGGAAAGGAGUUUAGGCGAUCUGGGUUGGGGUUUAAGCAAGGACAGAGGAGUGAAGCAGUUAAGGAAAUGCAUAAUUCAGUUGCAGAGACUCAUGGCCAUGAUGGGAAUUCGACGGGUCUGGAACAUGGGGGAGAGAAGUGUGAAGGAGUUAAAUUGGUUGACAAUGUUAGUAAGAUUGAGGAUAAAGGUCUUGCUGUUACAGAUGAUAAGAAAGAUGUUAUUGCAAAACCUUCUCCUGAUGGGAGUUUGAAAAAUUCAGAAGGGUCUGCAGUUGGUAAUUCAGAAUGCAAUGAAGCAGUGAACCAGGGCUGCAUCUCCAGCUUGAAAGAGAAUGACUUAAGCUCUGUUCCAAAAAUGAAUGAGAAGCAGACUCUCAACAGUAUUCCUAAGACUUUUGUUAUCAACGAGAUAUUCGAUGGAAAGAUGGUUAAUGUCGUUGACGGAUUGAAAUUGUACGAAAAACUGUGUGACAGCAAUGAAGUUUCAAAUCUGGUUUCACUGGUCAAUGAUUUAAGAGCUGCGGGAAAGAGAGGACAAUUUCAAGGUCAGACAUAUGUGGUUUUAAAGAGGCCAAUGAAAGGACAUGGAAGAGAGAUGAUUCAAUUAGGUUUUCCAACAGCAGAAGUACCUCUGGACGAUGAAAAUGCCGCAGGGACUUCCAAAGAUCGAAAGAUGGAACCUAUUCCUCCCUUGUUGCAAGAUGUUAUUGAACGUUUGGUUAGCAUGCAAAUUACAAACGUGAAGCCAGACUCUUGCAUGAUUGAUUUCUAUAAUGAGGGGGAUCACUCACAGCCUCACAUGUGCCCUCCUUGGCUUGGAAGGCCUGUUUGCAUCUUUUUUUUGUCAGACUGUGAUAUGACUUUUGGGAGACUGAUUGGAAGUGAUCAUCCUGGUGAUUAUAAAGGCUCUCUCAAGCUUUCUCUUCCACCAGGAUCGCUCCUUGUCGUGCAAGGAAAAUCUGCAGACUUUGCCAAACAUGCGAUUAACUCUAUCCGGAAGCAAAGGAUACUUGUGACUUUCACCAAGUCUCAACCCAGAAAAACAGCAGGUGAGGCGCAGCGGCUUGCAUCACCUGCAAUAGCCCCAUUGUCUCAUUGGGGUACUCCACCCAGCAGGUCGGCCAAUCAAAUUCGUCACCCUGCAGGCCCCAAGCAUUAUGUACCUAUUCCAACAACUGGGGUUUUACCAGCCCCAUCAAUUCGGCCACAGAUACCACCGCCAAAUGGUGUCCAGCCCCUGUUUGUGACAGCUCCUGUUGCACCAGCAAUGCCUUUUCCGGCAGCAGUUCCUAUUCCUCCUGGUUCAACCAGCUGGCCAGCACCUCCUCCUAGGCACCAUGCUCCUCGCCUUCCUGUUCCGGGCACUGGAGUUUUCCUUCCUCCACAAGGCUCUGGUAAUGCAUCCUCGCCUCAACAGUUGAUGACUGGUAGUGGAGAAACGAACAUGAAUACAGACACAGUGCCUCUUCCGGAAAAGGAAAAUGGGUCUGGUAAACCUGGUCAUGCCAAUGGUGUUUCUCCAAAAGGUAAGUCAGAUGGGAAGGGUUCGAGGCAAGACUGUAACGGAAAAAUAGAUGGAACACACAGUGUGAGAGUUGGAAUUAAGGAAGAACAACAGCCGAGUGUCGAGAGUAUGACAGCAAGCAAACCGGCUAGUGCAGUUUAGACACAGAAAGAGAGAGAGAGAGAGAGAGAGAGAGAGAGAGAGAGGACAAAGUUAUCACAGGAGAAAAGAGGUAGUAGGCUGCAGAUGUGAGUGAGUUGAAAAGAAAUGUAAAGAGCGGCGAAUGUUAAAAGUGUUUUGACAUUUGAUACACUACUGGUUCUGGGGGAACGAAGGGGAGGGGGAUUAUCUUUGCAAACCCUUUGUGUUCUCUGCUUCCUUUUUUUUUGUUCUUUACUUUUUUUUGUUGUCUCAUUAUAUGAACUCUUACCUUAGUCUCAAAUACUCAACAUUCUUAAUUUAACAUUACCCUUUUCUUCUUC